AUGAAUACUGAAAUGCUAAUAGAACUAGUGAGAGACCGACCAUGUUUGUACGAUAUGAGCAUGAAAAAGUAUAGUGAUCACGCAUAUAAAGAGAGUGUUUGGAGAGAAAUUGCAUCCACAUUGAAACAACCAGUAAAAGAGUGUAAAAAAAUAUGGGCCAACUUGCGAGAUUCAUAUAGGAGAGCUUUAAAACAUGCAGUUACUAAGUCUGGGCAAAAAUCUAAAAUUAUAAAAAAAUGGAAGUAUGAAGAUGAAAUGCAGUUUUUAAAAACUCAUUUAAAAGAAAGAGAAACAAUUAGUAAUGUCGGUAUAGUGAGUGACGAAGAUGAAGACUCAUUUGAACCUGAUAAGGGUCCGGAAGAGGAAUAUCAACCUCAAUAUCAAAACACUGAACCUGUUAUUGAUAUUACCCAUAAUACUGAUAUUUUUGAUAGUCAAUCAAGUCCAAACACAUCAGUUAAUCAAUCAACACCAAAAGAGACAUCAGUUAAUCAAUCAACACCAAAAGAGUUUCGCAAAAAAACAUCAUUACCAAAAAAAAAUGUAUCAAAUUAUUCAGAAUCUGCAUCUUCAACAUUAAUGAAAUACAUACUAGAAAAAAAAGACGAAGAACAACUAGAGGGAAAAAAGGACUCUAGUGCUAUGGAUCAAUUUUUUUUGAGUAUGUGUUCAACUGUAAAGCAAUUUUCUCCAUACAAUCAACAUCUAGCAAAAACAAAAAUUUUUUCCAUCGUUUCCGAGAUAGAAUUAGACAGCUUGCGACAAACACAACAGCCACUAUUCCAACCAAUUCCACUAUCUACUUCAAACUUUAACUUACAAUCUCGGAUGCAUGUAGAAAAUUUUCAGAUUUCACCUGGUCAACACCAACAAGAUUAUCAUCAGCCUUCAAACCACAGGUAUACACCUCAACAACAUUCUGAAAAUGACCAAGAGGCAUCAAACACAUUUUCAGCAACAACUUUUUUCCAAAAUUUUCAAGCAGGUGCAGAUAGAAACUAA